AUUCAGAAGACACCCCGCUGACUCAGCAGAUCAGAAUAUCGUCCCUCUGUGAGGACAAACUGAAAGAUUUUGUGUUUUCUAUCAGUUUGAAGACAUGGACUCCAAUUGUCUCCAAAUUCCUGCCUUGGGCAGACCUUUUUCCUUGGGAAUGCUGUAUGACGCUCGAAAAGAUGAACUGAUGACAGGAAUUUCAUUAUGGGAUGACAAGUUUCUGGAUGAUAAAAAAGAAACGAGCUCUAAACCCAGCAGUUCUUUUCAAGUUAUUUCCUCUGAUUCUCUUAAAGAAAAGACCUCUCUCUUGGAUGUUAAAGCUUCUCUAAAAGCAAGUUUCUUGAGUGGUCUGAUUGAAGUUAGUGGCUCAGCCAAGUACCUGAACGACAAGAAGAAAUUUAAAAAUCAGAGCAGAGUGACCCUUCAGUAUAAGGCCACAACUCAUUUGACUCAAUUGUUAAUGACGCAAAAGGAAGCCUCCAGUUCAGGCAUUUUCAGUGACAAAGUACAAAACCUGGCAACGCAUGUAGUGACAGGCAUUCAGUACGGCGCAAAUGCUUUCUUUGUCUUUUACAGUGAGAAGUUAGAAUCUUCUCAAGAUCAGGAGUUCCAGGGCACCUUGGAGGGGGCAAUAAAUAAGAUUCCUAAAAUGAGUGUUGAUGGAAGCAUGUCCGUGCAGUUAGGUGAAAAAGAAAAGUCCCUUCUGAAAAGCAUCAGUUGCCAGUUUUAUGGAGACUUUCUCCUUGAUAACCCAACAAGUUUUGAAGAUGCACUCAAGACCUACCAGAAUCUUUCAAAGAUUCUUCGAGAAGAUAAGAAUAAUUCUGUACCGGUGGAAGUGUUUCUGACGCCACUGAAGACAUACGACUCCAACACCCCUGCAGUAAUGGGGGAAAUCUGUGAAGGGCUAAUCACUAAAGCACAAGAUGUGUUUGAAGAUCUGAGCCAAUUUGACAUAAGAUGCAAAGAAAUUCUGGAAGAUGCAGCACUGAAGAACUUACCCCAUAUUUACAAGAAUGUGCAGAAAUUUUUAGACCUUUGCAAAAAGUAUGAAAAGCAACUCAGAGGUACCAUUAAGGAAAAAUUUCCUUUAAUCCGUGCAGGAAAAGAAAACGAUAGUUCGGUUGAAAAACUGUUUGACGACCGAAACAAGUCAGCAUUCAGUCAUGACAAUUUAGACAAGUGGAUGUCAGACAAAGAGGCAGAGGUAACUGCCCUCAAGAUCUGUCUGAGUGCAAUGGAGGGCAUUAAAAUCAUCUCCAAUGAGCACCAGCUGAGAGAAGAAACUUUUUCUCAAGAUGUGGUCCACACUCUGUGUUUUACUUUCACUUCUCUGGAGCAGGCCCUGGACCCGUACCUCGAUCAGUUGGAGAGUUCCCUUCAUUUGCAUGAUAGGCUUAGCUUCAAGCAAGUCUCUGCACCGAAACAAAACCAGUGGUACCAUUCAAACAGUUUGAUUCAUGAACUCAGGAGCAAAGCCCAAGAUUUGCAAAACAUGGCCAAAGGCUUGAAGGCCAAUGCCAAAUUCCAUUUCCUUGUAACCGCCUUGCAAAAUCCCGAAAUUCAAGGAGCAAGCAUCUACCAUUACAAGCAAGGCAAACUGGUGUCCAAGAAUUUUUCAAAGCCAGAAUUCUCAGACGUGAAGACAAUAAGAAACAAAGAAGACCUCAUCUGGUACACCUGUGAUCUGACACUCGACCCAAACACAGCAUAUAAUUAUAUCAUUCUUUCAGAAGAAAACAAAAAGGCAGAGUAUACAUCAACGUGGCAGUACUAUCCUGAUCACCCAGUUAGGUUUACUAAGCCUCAGGUUCUGUGUAAGGAAGGGCUGCAUGGGCGCUGUUACUGGGAGGUGGAGUGGAGUGAGGCUUCCAACAUCGGCGUAGGUGUUGCGUACAAAUUAAUUGAAAGGAACGACGGCUUUGGGACGACAGAAAAGUCUUGGUAUUUUGGCAAAAGUGAUCGGUUUGAGGCUUGGAACAAUGGCAAAUUAUGGAGCGGCGAAGGUCCUGCUGGUGGCUGCAGAAUCAUUGGAGUGUAUCUGGAUUUGAAAGGUGGCACACUGUCUUUCUACAAGGUGUCAUGUGACAAAUUAGAGCACCUCUACACCUUUAAAACGACAUUCACUGACCAUGUUUAUCCAGGUUUCUACAUUUAUUCAGCCAACAAUUACUGCAGACUAAGUCCUGUCCAUUAGAUGAGGCAGAUGAGAAACAGUCUGCCUAGCUUGGGUCUGAGGAACAGUGGAGGCAUUUUUCUCCACUGAUCUUGACCUCCACUUAAACCCAACAUUGUUGAUAACCCCGAUAGUGUUAGAUUGAAGCUAGCAUUUUUCCAGUAGUUUAAUGAUUUAUGAGGAAGAGCUCAUAGUCUUGGAGGUUGGAAGGCCUCCCUGUCAUCACCCUAAUCUACAGCUGCCUUCUCAGGUUCUUUGUUGGAACUCCUGUCAGGCCACUCCAAAACAUCAAUAUUAG